AGGCGACAUUACAAUACGUGAACGAGGAUACUCUUCUAAUUUGACGUUUCGCCGCGAACAUUAACAGAGAAUGCAUCUCAUUUCCAGAUGAUUGAAUUUAGACCUUGAUCAUUUUACAAUGAGUGAAUUUAAGAUACAUCAUCUCGUCAGUGAGCUGAUGAAACACUUGGGGACUCAAGGUCAAGAAGGUCCAGAAGUGUACACAGAUCUCCUGUUGAAGAAUGUCACUCCCUUCAUAACCACCCAGGUAUCCUCUCAUGCUGCCAAGAGGAAGAUUGCAGAGUUUUCUAGGUCACCUGCAGAAUUCCUCAACAAAUAUGAUGAACUCAAAUCAAAGAACGUACGAGAUUUAGAUGCUCUGGUCUAUCUGCUUUCCAAGCUGUCAGAAAAUAAAGAUGUGGUAUCAACGCUCAAGGACAAUUCUGAGAAAUUUCUCAUGCCAAUGGAUAAGAUCAGUCUUCCGGCCCCUGGUACCAAGAUGUCAGAGGAAGAAGUUUCAGAGCUGCGUAACCAGCUACUGGCGGUAUCCUCCGCUGCAUCAAGCCAAGCUUCAGAGGUCUUCAGGAAGAUGAUGAGGGAGAAACAAGCCAAGAAAAACACUUCUGUGAACCUCCCCGUCCUGUCCCCUUGGGUUUACGAGCGACCGUUCCUCACGGGGGAUUUCAUCAAGGUGUCAAGGACUACCGUAGAGCCAGGUGUUCCUCUGGGUACCCUCCCUCUGGGCAUGCAGGAGACAACGAUAGUCCAUGAUCUGCUCACUGUCUUAUUAGGCACAGAAGGGAAAUACAUCCUUGUGAGGCCAUCUCAAGACAGAUCCACCACACCUCACACAUUCCAAGUUGACCGUUCCCUGGACACAUCACUUCAAGAGCUGGUCAAUCGAAUCCUUCCCAUAUGUAACAACUACUCCACCGUAAUGCACUUCAUUGAGGACAAGUCAUCCUUUGAGUUUGGUGUCGUCAACCAUGCUCUCUGUGGGGCUAUGAGGACAUUAGUCAAGGAAUACAACAUCUUAGUUGCCCAGCUGGAGCAUCAGUUCAAACAAGGCCAGCUUCCCCUGCAGAGGUUUUGGUUCUACAUGCAACCAUGCAUGCAGACCAUGGAGAUACUAGCAUCCAUAUCAUCAUCGGUAGAUAGGGGAGCGUGUGCUGGAGGUUCGGUGCUUAGCCUGCUGCAUGAGAAGACAGUUACCAUGAUAGGGGAUAUGCGAGCUCAAGAGCUUUGCCUGUUCCUAACCCAGUCAGCCUGUGCGCCAUACUUUGAGAUCCUAGAGAAAUGGAUUUACAAGGGAAUCAUCAAGGAUCCAUACUGUGAGUUCAUGAUUGAAGAGAACGAAGCCCUGCAGAAGGAGAAACUCCAGCAGGAAUACAAUGAUGCCUACUGGGAACAGCGCUAUACCAUCUGCAGAGAAAGGAGUCCAAUCUUCUUGGAGAUGAUUGCUGACAAGAUCCUCAGGACUGGCAAAUACCUCAACGUUGUCAGACAGUGUGGGCAUGAUCCAAGAUGUCCAAACGCUGAAGAGAUCCUGUAUACACUGAAAGAGAGACAAUACGUGGAUCAGAUAGACAAGGCAUACCAGUAUGCUAGCAAGCUCCUUCUUCAGCUACUCAUGGAAGAGAGAGAAUUAGUCCAGAGGCUUGGUUCAAUCAAGCGGUACUUCCUCCUGGAGCAAGGAGACUUCUUUGUUCAUCUGAUGGACAUCACCGAGGAGGAGAUGAAGAAGAGAGUUGAUGAUAUCAUACCUAGCAGACUAGAAUCUCUUCUAGAGCUGGCUGUCAGGACCAGUCAGGCUAACUCAGACCCAUUCAAAGAUGAUCUCAGAGUUGAUCUCCUACCUUAUGACCUCAACACACAGCUGCUUAGAAUCUUGUCCAUUGAAUCCAGGCAAGAAAAGGCCAUGCUUCAUGAAAUGGACCCAACAGAGCUUAACAUCUCUGGUUUAGAAGCAUUUUCAUUUGACUAUGUUGUGAGGUGGCCAGAAUCACUCAUUCUCAGCAGAAAGGCUUUAACCAAGUAUCAGAUGCUCUUUCGACAUCUCUUCUACUGUAAGCAUGUUGAAAGAACACUGUGCAAUAUCUGGCUGUUGAACAAGGAAGCGAAGCGGUUCACUCUCUAUUCAUCUCGGUGGUAUGCAGUGGCCUUUGCCCUCCGUCAGCGCAUGCUGCACUUAGUUCAGAACCUUCAGUACUACAUGAUGUUUGAAGUGGUUGAGCCCCACUGGCAUAUAUUGCAAGACAACUUGAGAAAGGUGUCCAACAUCGAUGACGUCUUGUCACACCAUACUGACUUUCUGGAUAAGUGCCUCAAGGAUUGUAUGCUAACCAAUCCAGACAUCAUUAAGAAUGUCAGCAAGCUCAUGCUUGUAUGUGUCACCUUUGCCAACUGCAUACAGAGAGUUACACAAACGAUGAAUGUUGAUGCAGAGGUUAGCUUGCUUGUCGAUGCUAGUACCCCACCAAAGAGUGAUAAGGAUAGGGAUAAGCAGGACUCUGAGAGAAGAAGAACAGUCACAAAGGUGGUGAGUGAGCACAUUGAACAGAUCAACGCCAGCGACGACUUUGCCAACACCGUCCACAACUUUGAUUCCAACUUCUCGUCGCUUCUCAUUUCACUCCUCGACAAGUUGAGCCUGUUCAGCACGGCCAACUGCGAGCACAACAUGAUGAAUAUCAUCCAUAGGUUAGACUUUAACGGUUUUUAUACGGUCAGGCUUGAGAAGCUUGCUGCAGAGAGGAGCAUGGCCGCCCAUGGAGACGAGGAUUUGAUGGAUGUAGGUGGGGCGGAAGCAAGAUAGACAGACCAUUUCUUGAUCUAGGGCCUAUUUCAUAAAACCUGUUAUAACAAUGAAAAGCUACUGAAAUCCUUCAGUCUGAUUGGCUGAUAGUAAAUCUGUUUAAAUUGUGUGCAUUUGUUAUUAUAACAAGUCUUUAUGAAAUGGGACUCGGGAAAACUGGUUGUAGCUUAUUCAUAACUUGAAUUUUUGCAUUCCUGUGGUAUGUAUACUUCAGUAUUUGAAAUAGAGCAUGGGCCUUUUUCAGAAUACAAAAACAAGCAUCACCAAAUUUAUGUUCCAAUCAAAUGGCUUUAUUUCAGUAUAACAAAUGCUUGUACAACAAUCUUGUUCAGCAACAAACAUUUUUGAAGGAUUCUUGUCAUGAUGAAUUGUUUGCGUGAUGUUGCUCAUAGCAGUGACAGUAGUCCAGGUCAUGGCCUUCUCUGUUUGAUGAUAUAUAUAUUCAAAAUGGAAAUCGGGAAAUAUGAAUAAUGCAAUGACACUUGCAUGAUUUUUUGGUUCCCUCAUAAGCACAACCGUGUUAACAUGUGACAAUGUGGGCCACAAAGUGCCUCCGAUCACGGAUUUACGCAUAGGCACAGCAUGUUCAUGCAGUAUUUACGAAUAGUUCAUGCACCGUCACGUCAUUCACGUCGUUGUCAUUCAUUGGGGCAUACAGUCGGACUCCAUGAUGAUUUGUGAAUUUCCGUUUGUUACAGCCAAACUGCGCAUGCGUUUUAGGCGUAACCUAUUCACAAAUUUGUGACAUGUGUGCCCCACGUAACUUGGCUCGACAAGGUUGCACACAGUUUAUGAAUAAUUAAAAAAAGAAUUCUAAUAUUUUGGCACUGAACUUCAAGCAUUACCUUACACUGGUCUGCGUAUUUCAUGACAUGGUGCUACGUGACAGUAUUUGAUGCGCAAACUAGUCGUGAACAAAUCGGGUCCCCAAAAUCAUGUCAUAAAUUAUGACAUACAGUAUGUGAGCAGCUCCCCCAUAUCAUGUAAUGGAAUGUUUCAUUUUGUUGAAGGAGUUGAAAAUUUACAAUUUAGGAAAUCUGAUGGAGCUGCUCUUUUUGACAAUUCUUUGACAAAUAUGCAUCCAACCUUCACCAAUAUUUUCAUUUUUCUGCUUUCAACUAUUCGUCAGAGGGCUUGUCAAUUCCGAGCCAGAUAUAUUUGUACAAGUUUUUAAAGGCCUAAUUUGCACAUUAUACGUUUUUGUGAUUAUUUCUAUGCAUGUCUUCUGAGAACAAGUCCACCCCAACAAAAGAUUGAUUUGAAUAAAAAGAGAAAAAUCCAACAAGCAUAAUGCUGAAAAUCUCACAAAACAGUUACAGAGAUGCCAACUUUUGGAAAUCAGAAUUAGGGAGGAUUUGCAACCGACACCAAAUUAUGUGCGCGUAGCGCACAUCUCGAGCGCAGAGCGCUCGACCCUUGCGGCCGGGGUCGAGGGCCCGCCUUAGGGCCCUGGAAGCUCUGGGUUUCUAGAUGCUCUCUGGUGCAAUCUGACCCUUAUUUUGGAGCAUUUCACAUGUUUUUAAAAAAACAUUGUUCCCACUUUUUUGACAUAAAAAUAAAAAUAUCAAAUAUGCAUUUUUACAUGUAAAAAAAAUGAGGGGACAAUAGAAGAAAAGUACCUGUUCAACUAUAAUAAUGAGGAAUUAUCCUCUUUAUUAUUAUUAAAGCGCGGGUAACGUCUUCCUCCUCGCUGGUCCCUUGCUUGGUGAAAUAAGUCAACAGGGUACUAGUGGAGCUCGAAGAUCUCGUCUUCGCAAUGUCCGUAUGCCGUUUGCUCCCUACGUGCUUCCGAAUAUCAUCACGACCUCCGUGCUCAACUUUAAUGUCCACGCUGCAAAUUGUGCAAAAUGCAUGGUAGAUUCCUCUUUCCGAAUACACGGGUACUGGAGACUGUAUUCAGUCUUAUACUUCUGAGACCAUUUCUUGGUCUUUUUUUGUUGAUUUUCCGCCAUUUCGUGUCAAUAUCAACCCAUCAAUACGCCGAAAUCACACACCGAUAUUCCAUCGCACGACUCGACAAAUCCAGCGGCCGCGAGCGCACACGCCUCGCGAAGCUAGCCAGGCCUACCGGCCUGGUGCACAGUGGAUUCCCGUUGGGCAUAUCACAUGCACCAGCUUUUCGCUGCUCCUUAUUUGUCUGCCUUUCACACAGAAUUUAGUAGCAGCGAAACGUAAUGGAGUUACUACAUGCUAAAGUUAGCAGACGAUACAUGUACUUCCAAUCCAAUUUGAUCAAUGCAAAAAAAAUUGUAAUUUCGGGAGGAUAAGGAUGGUAAUCGUAAGGGCGGGAGUUGGGAUGAAUUUUCGGGAGCCUCCCGAUGAAAUCGGGAGGGUUGGCAUCUCUGCAGUUAUAUGCAUAUCCUGGUCGGUAUGCAAAUGAGGUAACUGAUGACGUCAUCCCAUCUGUCUCACUAUUUUGUAUUUUAUUAUAUGAAAUAUUCUAAGUUUCUCAUUGUCAAGUGAAACAAAUAUUAAUUCCUCCCUGAACAUGCAGAAUUAGCAUUAUUUUUAUACUAUGGUUCAGCCAAGUUGGCCUUAAUUUUCAAAUCGGUAAAAAAAUAGAAAUAUUGUAUAAUUCUCACAAUAAAAAACAAAAGAAAUAGUGAGAGACAUCAUUGACUGUCUCAUUUGCAUGUCACUGAGAUGUUGAAAUAAUUGUUUUGUGAAAAAUAAGCGAAACUUUAAAAAUGUCAUAACUUUCUUAUUUUACAUUCGAUUUUGAUUAAAUUUUCAGCAUUAUGCUAGUUUGAUUUUUCUCUAUUGAUUCAAAUCCACAUUUUUCUGGGGUGGACUUGACCUUUAACCGAUUUGAUGCACACAUUACAAGAAAAUGAUAUAUUGAAAAUGGUUUUAAUUGUACCUUUUGAAUAUCAACAUACAAAUCAUUUCACAUCACAAUUAGAUUUUCAUCAAAAAACAUUUUUAAGGCAAAGAUAAUAUGGUUUUACAUCCAGCUCUAAAUACAUGAAAAUGUUCAUGGCCAGUCAAAAAAUAGCUGUCACUUUCGAUACCAUAUUAAAUGUAUGUCAUUGUAGUACGUACAGAAAGGUACAAGUUUUGAUUUCUUUUAAUAUAUUGAUGGGAAUUUUUCUUAUGAAUACUGUAAAGUGAUCAAAUAUUGGCAAACAGAGGGGUAGUGAGAACCCAUAUGAUGUCAUGGAUGGCCAAAAGGGCCAAAGUUAAGUGUGAGAAAUAUAAUAUGGCAAUUAUAAAAAAACAUAAAGAGAAGUCAGAAAUAGAUCUUGCUUCAAAAAUAUGAACAAACACUGUAAAUACAUGUAUAAAGCUAAACUUCUGUUCAAUUUUGCAUUUUCUUUUCCACAGAAGCUAUCAUAUUGUACAAUAUGUAUAUUGACCAGUACUUUUGUAAUUAUUAAAAGGCUUUAUGAAGCUGAAACAA